AUGCGGCUACUGUUCGUGGCUUUCCUGCUAGCCUCUCUGCGGCUCCUGUCAACACCGGCUCCGUCCAUGGCGCUUCGUUACACGUCCUCACAGCUCAUCAGACUCAACCACCGCGCACCUCCUUCACUGGACAUCACCUCAACUCUGCAACAACACUGUCUUGUCCGCCGUCGCCCCUACAUCCACCGAGGGUCCCAUCCAUGCGCAGCUCACACCGGCUUGGUUCCAACAACAUCCGCAUACGUCAUCCGAGCACUCAUCACGUGA